AUGGCAACAGCGGCGACGCCGCCACCCGCGGCCGACUUGUUAAAAAAAAAAAAUGUUAAUUUUGUUCAAACAUUUCUCUAUGAUGUUUGUAUUGCAGAUGUUGCUGAAAAAUUAAUUUCAACUGGGUGGGUACCUGGCAUUUUAUCUGGGAGUCAUCAAAUUUAUACAGCGAUGUAUAUACCUAGUAUAUAUUCAAGAACACAGAAUGAGUGGGUAGACAAUUUCUUGAAGCAAAAUGGCUAUCUAGAGUUUGAGGCACUGCGUCGGCUAGACAUAAGCGAUCCAGAGGCACAUAUCCGGCGGCACUACAAGAAUGAAGAUUUGACCUUUGUGGGUGAUGUGUGUGUGGGGCCGAAUCUCAUUGACCAGAUUGAUGCUGCUAUCGAUGAUGCAUUGAUGUCUGGGGGCUGGGUAGAUAUCUAUCCAUUGUUGCCUACGGUAUUCAGCCCAGAGGAGGGGAAUCAACUGGUGGAUGUUGCCCUAAAACGCCGCCAGGAUAAGAAAUCCACAGCAACUGCGAGAGUCUUCUGUGACACAGUUGUUAUAAGUGACCAGCUCCUGAUGAAACUGUCUAACCACCUACAAGAGUUCAUGCCAAAGAAAGCCAAAGAAGCCGUUGAGAAGGGCGCCUUCAAACAGCAGGUUGGAACUGGGAAACUGAAACAGCAUGAUGAAGACAUGAAUAAGAGUAAAAAAGAUGACAGACGAAAGAAGGCAGCAACUGGCAAAGCAGGAGGUGGAACCCAGGGUCGUGAGACUAAGACUAAAGCUACCAAGAAUAAAUAUAAAGGAAGGAAGGGACCUGCACAGGACUCUGACUCUGAUGAUGAUACCACCACUCACCAGUCUUCCGGGCGUGAUGGCAAAGUCUUACAAGUAGAGUUCCUUUCCAUAGAAGAUUUGCAAACUGAAAUUUCAAACUUUUCUGAAUUAAUAGACUGUCCUGAGGAACUUGUGGAAGAGUUAGCAAAUUACUUGCAUCGUCCUUUAACUAAACAGUUCCAGGAUGUUGCUAGAACCAUCUUCUUGGCCAGUGUAGCAGUUGGAGGCGAUGCACGAAGAAAGACCCACCAGCAGCUGCAGGAGAAAGUGUUGGCUUUGCUCACUGCAAUCAAACUGGCAGAGAAGAGUGUUAAGGUGUUUGAUGAAGAGAAGCAGGUGCAGUUGAGGAAGUAUCUGCUGAAGACUCAAUGCUCGGAGCUCAUGAAUGAGUUGGUGCUUUACCUUGCUGAUGAUAGUCUCAUAGACAUAACCCGGGAAAAGGAAGUCACUCCUGAGAUUCGUCUAAAGAUCAUCAAAAAGUUAUCAGAAGAGAUGACUGUGCCACUGCUAAAUGUCCACAAGGCACUAAGUGGCUCCAGCUUGGAAGAAUUCUUUGAUGUAGUGGAUGAUGCAAUUGCAGUCACAGGCGUAAUGCUGAAGAAGAAAGACAACAAAAAAGACAGGUAAUAAUAAUGAUGUCAGCUUCUAGUACAUAUUUAGUUCUAGUAAGAAAUCGUGAAUAACUCUUGGUUUAACCUGACUUGAGUAAUUCAUUGUAAUGCAAAUUGGGUAGGGUCUUAUUUUAUUAUUUUAACACUUUAAAAUACAUCUCACUAAGUAGUAAGUUGGUAGACAGCAACCACCCAGGAAGGUACUAACGACCUGACAGGUGAGUGUGCAACGGAAGCCUGUAAUUGUUUUACAUGAUGGUAGGAUUGCUGUUGUCUUUUUUCUGUCUCAUAAACAUGCAAGGUCUCAGAUAUGCCUUGCUACUUCUACUUAAACUUAGGUCACACUAAACAUGCAUUAUUUUUUUUAACGUAAACCGUUUCCUACCGAGGCAGGGUGACCCAAAAAGAAAGAAAAAUCCAAAAAGAAAGAAAAAACUUUCAUCAUCAUUCAACACUUUCACCAUCACUCAUACAUAAUCACUGUAUUUGCAGAGAUGCUCAGAUACAACAGCUUAGAUGUUCCUCCAAACUGCCAGUAUCCCAAACCCCUCCUUUAACCCUUUGAGGGUCGACAGGCCCUCUCCGAAACUCGUUCUCAGGGUCGGCCAAAUUUAAAAAAAAAAAUUAUUUUCUCUUAUGAAAAGAUAGAGAAUCUUUUCCCGAUCAUAAAGACACCAAAAGUUUGAAAUUUGAUAGAAAACUUACGGAAUUAUGCUUUCGCAAAGUUAGCGGUCUCGGCGAUGUUUACGCAUCGGCGAUUUUGCCCACUUUGAGCCCCAUUUUCGGCCAAUUUCACUGUA